AUGGAAAAUAGUCACCUAAGUCAAGCCUUGAAAGAGAAGACACAAGAAUGUGGGAAACUUGCAGAAGAAAAUGCAGCUCUAAAGCAUGAGAUGGAAUCUAUUGUGAUGGGGUUGGCAAAGGAAAUUGAAGGAAGAAAGAAGAGUGAAGAGAAUCGUUCUCGGUCCUUGAAAGAUAGAUCUGAUGAAUGUUGUAGACAUAAUUGUGAGAAUGAUCAGGUGAAGCUUGAACUGCAGCAAUCCAAAAACAAUGAGGAAGAACUUGAAAGGCAGAUUUGUGCUCAACAUCUCUUGAGAAAGCCUGUAGAGCCCUCUAAAGAAAGAUUUGGCACAUUUGCAAAGAAGGACUUACAACUAUAUUCUCAAUUUAAGAAACCAAAAAUUGUGAAGAAGGAUGAUGAGGAAACUGAUUUUGAUGAGGCAGUAGAGGAAAUAAAGACCAAGGGCACUAAAGCAUCAAAAUUUUCUAAGGUCAAACCCUCCAGUGAAGAGAAAUCUAGUAAGAAAGUGAAGGUAGAUUCUGACAAGCCUAGCAUGAUAGUUCAUGAGGUUGAAGAAGCUCUUACUAUGCAAGGUAAUCUAGAUCCCCUCUUUGAAUUUUAUGACAAGUUUGAUGACGCCAGCAAGAGGACUCUUGAAGAAGCCACAGUGAAAUACUUGAACAUUUUCAAUAGGGCUCUUGUAGAAAUUAUGUUUGAGAUUCCUAGAAGCCUAUAUGAUAAUCUGGAAAUGAGAAAAGGCAGUGUAAAAACAAAAGAUGAAAUAUUAAGAGAAUAUGUGAUAGUCAAUUUACACAAUGUGAUAGCAAUUGAGGAAGUCAAAAGAAUACUCAAAGAAAUUAGAAAGGCAUUUAGAAGCAAAACCAAAAUCAAUAAGCUCGUGAUUGGGGAAAUAGAUGAAGUAGUUAAAGAUAUUGACAAGAUUUUGAAGCCAAUUUUGAAAAAGAAUCAAUAUGAUAUUGUCUCAUCUGUUUCUGAAGUGAAAAAAGUACAAUCAAAAGUUGAUCAUAUUGAAGUAAAUGUUUCUUCUGCUCCAGAAGAGAAAGGUGUAGAUGUUCAAAAGGAAGAUGUGAUGGAUAAGGGUGAAGAGGAGACAUGA